AUGUGGCAAGUUCUUAAAGAGAUGGGAGUACCAGAUCAUUUCAUCCGCCUCCUGAGGAAUCUGUAUGUGGACCAAGAAGCCACAGUCAGAACCGAACAUGGGAUAACAGAAUGGUUCAAGAUCGGGAAAGGAGUGCGACAAGGCUGUAUAUUGUCACCUUAUUUAUUCAACUUAUAUGCGGAAUACAUAAUGCGUAAGGCUUGGCUGGAUGAAUCCAAAGCCGGAAUCAAUAUUGCUCGAAGAAAUAUCAACAACCUCAGAUACGCGGAUGAAACUACUCUGAUGGAUAAAAGUCAGGAAGAACUAGAGGACCUAUUGAUGAGGGUAAAAAAAAAGCUCAACGUUAAAAAGAUCAUGGCAAACAGCAAUCUCAGUUUCUGACAAAUAAAUGGUGGUGAAGUGGAGGCAGUGACAGAUUUUAAUUUUCGGGGAUCCAAGAUCUCUUCAGAUGGUGACUGUAGUCAUAUAAUUUAAAGAUGUUUGCUUCUGGGGAGGAAAGCUAUGGCAAUCUUGGACAAGCUUGUAAAUACUAAAGAUAUCACACUAUCAACUAAGGUCUGCAUAGUCAGAACUAUGGUAUUCCCAGUAGUAACCUACGGAUGCGAGAGUUGGACUAUAAAGAAGAGUGAGUGUCUUAGAAUUGAUGCCUUUGAACUGUGGUGUUAGCGAAAACUACUUAGAAUCCCUUGGAUUGCAAGAAGAUCCAAUAAAUCCGUACUACAUGAAAUCAAGAAACACUGUUCACGGAAAGCUAUGAUCAUGAGGCUGAAGCUCAAAUAUUUUGGCCAUAUAAUGAGAAGGCAGGAUUCUCUAGCGAAGACUCUGAUGCUGGGAAAGAUUGAAGGCACACGAAGAAGGGGACGACAGAGACGGAGAUGGAUAGAUGAGGUCACUGAAGCCACGAACAUGAAGUUAUAUGAACUCAGAGGGACAGUGACUGACAGAUGUACCUGA